AUGGGGUCACUGCAGGUCCUAAACGCCCUCAAAGCCAGACCCGAGUGCACCAAGAAUAGCAAGGGGCUUAAGUACGUGGAGGCACAAGUUAACGGGAAGCCGACGAAGGCCCUGGUGGACACAGGAGCCAGUCAUAAUUUCAUCACCAAGGAGGAGGCCAUAAGGUUGGGUCUAUCUUGGACCGAAAAAGCCGGAUGGUUAAAAACGGUCAAUGCUAAUGCUCGUCGACUAGAGGGAGCUGCGAGCAAUGUGGAGCUACGCUUGGGGACAUGGCAGGGACGCGUGAAUUAUUCAGUCGCACCUAUGGACGACUUCAAAGUGGUACUUGGCAUGGACUUCCUGCGACAGCGGGAGUCCCAGCAAACAACUCUCCGUAAUGCAACUUGCCAAGGGGCAAAACGAGGUGAACCCACAUACGUAGCUGUGCUAAAGGAAGACAACUCAGAGGGGAAUUUCCCAAAAGUACCCGACAUCAUUCAAAGAGUCCUUGAGGAAAACAAAGACGUUAUGCCAGCAGAGCUGCCGAGCAAGAUACCACCCAGGCGAGGUGUGUGA